AUAACAGUGCACUUUAGACGCGGCAGUUGGUUAAUUAACGUGCUCGAGUUCUUAUUUAAUGAAAUUAGCCCUCCGUGAGUGAGACGUGUAAGCCGCUUAACAAGUUAAAACAAGUGCGUGGAGCUGCAGCAACAACAAAGAGCCCGUAUAUCUAGUUGCAACAAAAAGUAACACUCCUUUAUUGUUUAAACAAAAUAGAAAACGAAAUCGUACGCGCUACCAAUGCAUUGCCAAAGAUUGUGCGAUCGUUACAUAAAUGUUAUAAAUUUAUUGAAUAAAUAACUCACGUUCAUACGCACGCAGGCACACACACUAAUAAUUAUGUUGAUUUGUUUGCAAAGUGGCCAAAUAAACAAGACUAGCACGCGUUAUCCGAAAACUAUGGUGCUAUAAAAUAAACCCAUCUUUCGUACACCCUAGUAACUAAAAAUCGCGAAUUAUAAAACUAGUCAAGCAAAGCUACAGGCAAACACACAUCGAGCCAAAUCUAGAAUCGAAUCGCUUCAUUUGCAUUUCUUUGGGUGGAAUCGACGGCGUGUGCUCGUCGUGUGACAAAACAGCAACAACAAAAAUAGCGACAGAUUUAGACACGGCAACGUCAGAGCAACUUGCCACCCAGCAACAACAUUGAAAAUAGUUUAACGAGCAGCUGCUAGUAUAGAUUGGGCCACGUGCUGGGCAGCAUAAGCUGGAGCUUAAAGUUGAGUGCUACAGGCAAGAUGAUCGGACGUUUGUUUCGCGCCCAUGGCGAGUUCUGUGCCUCGCAUCCCUGGGAGGUUAUAGUAGCGCUGCUCACCAUCACAGCCUGCAUGCUGACUGUAGAUAAAACUGGCACACUGGAUGUAUCUGCUCCAGCGGCGGCGGCGGCAGCAGCAACAGCCACGCCAAAUGGCACACCGCCGCCUACUGGAAGGCAACGGCCCUGCCAUGGCUGGAGUCAGUCCUGCGAUGGUCUGGAAGCCGAAUACAAUGCCGCCGAUGUCAUACUAAUGACCAUUGUGCGCUGCACGGCGGUGCUCUAUUGCUACUAUCAGUUCUGCAGUCUACACAGACUGGGCUCCAAAUAUGUGCUAGGCAUUGCGGGCUUGUUUACUGUGUUCUCCAGCUUUAUAUUCACCACGGCCAUUAUCAAGUUUCUGGGCAGCGAUAUCUCCGACUUGAAAGAUGCGUUGUUCUUCCUCUUGCUGGUCAUUGACCUGUCCAACUCGGGUAGACUGGCCCAGCUAGCCUUAGCUGGCAGCAAUCAGGCGGAGGUAACACGCAACAUCGCACGCGGCCUGGAGCUACUGGGGCCGAGCAUAUCGCUGGACACUAUUGUGGAGGCGUUGCUUGUGGGCGUGGGCACUUUAUCAGGUGUUCAGCGUCUGGAGGUGCUCUGCAUGUUUGCCGUGCUCUCUGUGCUGGUCAACUAUGUGGUCUUUAUGACCUUCUACCCAGCCUGUCUAUCGCUCAUAUUCGAUCUAUCGCGCACUGGCAUGGACAUGUCUGCGGUGCGUGAGCGCGCCAAGGGCUCGCUGCUGCUCAAAUCGCUGAACGAGGAGGAGCAGAAGGCUAAUCCUGUGCUGCAGCGCGUCAAACUCAUCAUGUCCACUGGCCUGGUCAUUGUGCAUGUCUACAGUCGCAUUGUGUUCACCAGCAGCGACUACGAUACGGUGGACAAGACGCUCUCGCCCACGCUCAAUCUGAAUGCGAGCACCAAUCGAACUGAAUCCGGCGAGCUUACUGACAUACUCAUCAGAUUGCUUACAAUGAGCGCAGAUCACAUUGUCAUCUGCAUUGUUGUCAUCGCAUUGGUGGUCAAAUUCAUAUGCUUCGACAAUCGGGACACAUUGCAGGCGCCUUUGCGUGCCGCGCCCGUGGAGUCCACAGCCAAGGCAUCGCAGACUAUGCCGCUGGAACUGGCGCCUGUGGCGCGUGUGCCGCUCUUCAGCCUGGAGGAGCAGAGCUCGACGCAUGCGGCCACUCAAACGGAGCUGGUGCCGCUGGUGCGUGAGCGUCUAGCAUUGCCUGUGCGACCGCCGCGUCCUCUGCAGGAAUGUCUGGCUCUGCUCAAUGCCAUAGAUGAGGCUGAUGGUGUGGCCAGUGGUGCUGCUGCGCUCAGUGAUGAAGAGAUCAUUAACAUUGUUAAUGCUGGUGGCCAGCAUUGUCCCCUGCACAAGAUCGAAUCGGUGCUGGAGGAUCUGGAGCGCGGCAUUGCCAUACGUCGUCAGAUUAUUGGUGGUCGCGCCAAGCUUCCGCUGGAGCGUCUCGAUCUGCUGCCCUACAAACACUUUGACUAUCGCAAGGUCAUGAAUGCCUGCUGCGAGAAUGUGCUGGGCUAUGUGCCCAUACCGGUGGGCUAUGCAGGUCCGCUGAUGCUGGAUGGCGUUAGCUACUAUGUGCCCAUGGCCACCACGGAGGGUGCGCUGGUAGCAUCUACGAAUCGCGGCUGCAAAGCGCUGUCGGUGCGCGGCGUGCGCUCGGUGGUGGAGGAUGUGGGCAUGACUCGUGCGCCCUGUGUGCGCUUCCCCAGCGUUGCACGUGCCUCGGAGGCCAAGCGCUGGAUUGAGCACGAGGCUAAUUAUUUGCUGGUGAAGAAAGAGUUUGAUUCCACCUCGCGCUUUGGUCGCCUCAAGGACUGUUAUAUUGCCAUGGAUGGACCACAGCUGUAUGUACGAUUUGAGGCGCUGACAGGAGACGCCAUGGGCAUGAACAUGGUCUCCAAGGGCACGGAGAUGGCAUUGCGCUUCAUCAAGCGCCAGUUUCCCGACAUGCAGAUCAUCUCAUUAAGCGGCAACUUCUGCUGCGACAAGAAGCCAGCGGCUAUCAAUUGGAUAAAGGGGCGUGGCAAGCGUGUGGUCACCGAAUGCAUUAUAUCAGCGGCAACGCUGCGUUCGGUGCUAAAGACGGACGCCAAGACGCUCGUCGAGUGCAAUAAGCUGAAGAAUCUAUCUGGCACGGCUAUGGCCGGCAGCAUAGGUGGCAACAAUGCGCAUGCGGCCAAUAUGGUGACUGCUGUGUUUCUGGCCACUGGCCAGGAUCCCGCGCAGAAUGUUACUUCGAGCAAUUGCUCCACUGCAAUGGACUGUUGGGCGGAGAACAGUGAGGAUUUGUAUAUGACCUGCACCAUGCCUUCAUUGGAGGUGGGCACCGUGGGAGGCGGCACCGGUUUGCCGGGUCAGGGCGCAUGCCUGGAAAUGCUCGGCGUACGUGGUGCUCAUCCCACGCAGCCCGGCGACAAUGCCAAGAAGCUGGCGCAAAUCGUCUGUGCAACAGUCAUGGCCGGCGAGCUGAGUCUAAUGGCGGCGCUGGUUAACAACGAUCUAGUCAAGAGUCAUAUGCGUCACAAUCGGUCUUCCAUUGCGGUGAGCGGCGCCAAUAACCCGCUGAACGUGACCGUCUCCAGCUGCAGCACAAUCAGCUAGAACUGACGUUUACUGCAGCUGCGCAGCCUCAUCCUUGAGCUCGGGUUGUCAAUUUUUUUGUUAAAAUCAUUUAAUUAUGUAAUUAUAUUAGCAGUUAGUAAUUAAUUAAUCAAUGGCCAGGCCAAACCAGCAGCCGCAACGAGAACCCGAGAGUGUAUUCGUCUAGCGGUAGCGCCUUAAAGAGAGUUGCAAUAUUACGAAGAGAAUUGCAACUCGCAACUAGCAGGAAAGAGUAUUUAACUUUAUUGACUCUUCGCACUGAGCUGUACAACUUUUUUCUGUCUGGGAUUCAUGAAUUGUUGCAAUUUCCAUUUAGUAUAAAACGAACAAUAUGCGUAUAUAUGUGUCUGUGUGUGUAUGUGAGUGAAUGUCUGUGUGUGUGUGUGUGUGUAAACGUAUGUAUAAGUGAGAAGCCUAUUUUUUCUACAAAAUGUAUUUCUAGAGCAAGCACAAAACUUGUAAAAAGUAUUCCUUAAGCGUUAUAGUUUUUAGCGAUUAUUAAACUAUGAAAUUUGUUCAAUAGCUUAGAAUUAGGAAAUUGCAAAGCGUUAAUUGUAUGCGAUAAUAAACUAAAACUUCAACAAAAUAUAAAACAAAGAAA